GACGGCCAAUGUCCUGUCGGUGGAUGGAUGCUUCAAGACCUUGAAUACUGCUUAUGCUUACAGUUUAAUUACCUUAGUAUCAGGACUACCUUGUAGUCACAGUACAUUAAGUGACCUGAGGUUCCCCAGGCCCAAUGUGAUCCGCGCCAAGCUCUCGACCCCACUCACUAAGGUACCAGGGACCACUAGCGACAGUCCGAAGUUGGACUUGAACCGACUGGAACCCAGGCCCUACCAACACGCCUCUCCCGAUCCCACUGGACAAUUACCACGAGCAGCCCAACGUCAUGGACCUCGCGUACGAUCACCUGCAAGAGCGAGGGUACGCGCGGAAGGAAGGCGAAGGCGAGGUCGGGCCGAGCGACGACGCGCACCCGACGCAGACGCAGCAGAACCUCAAUACCGAGAUUCAGGAUGCGUACAAGGCAUUCACAAACAGCCCAUGGGGCUCCAGGAUCGGAGGCUUCUUCGGAACCGUCGUGAAGCAGGGCGAAUCGGUCUACACACAGGCCAGCAAAGAGCUUGCCGAGGUACGCGAAGAGGCCGGGAAAGGAAUCAGCGAUCUUCGACAGAACAUCACCCAACAGACACGGGGCCUCACGCUGCACGACGUGCUGGAGGUUUCGAAGCAGGAACCGAGCGAUGAAGCCGAGAGCAGCCGGGCGCGUGACCCUGAGAAAGCAACUGGAGAGGCGUCCAACGCAGGGCAGCCUUCCGAGAGCAUGCUCGAACGACUGCGAUCCGAAGCUGCGAAGCGCCUGAGGGACCUGCAAAAGGCCGAGGAUGCCGCGGACGAGGCCUUGCUCCGUUUUGGAGGCAAUGUACGCGACUUCCUGCGCGAUGCGGUGAGCAUCGCUCCGACAGACGCCAGCAGCCAAGACACUACGGUUCUCUUUGAGAGCAAAGACGCCAAAGGCAAGAGGGUGAUUCACACCUCGCGCUUUGAUGCGCAACUUCACGUCAUCCAUACUUCGACAGAAGGGUUCACCAAGGCCCCCGCUGGGCCCGAGUACGAGGAAUGGGCCAAGGCCUUCGACGUGGAGAAGAAGACAGCAGACAUUGCCAGUGAUUUGGACAAAUACCCCGACUUGAGGUCGACAAUGGAGAGACUGGUACCCGACCAGAUCCCGUAUGCCGACUUCUGGCAGCGCUACUACUUUAUGAGGCACGGGAUCGAGACUGCGGAGACGAGGCGACGAGAUCUACUGAAAGCUGCCGCGGAGGAGGACGAGGUUGGUUGGGGUGAUGAUUCGGACGACGACGAUGACGAAGAAGAAGACAAGACAGCCAACAAGAAGCCCGCUUCCGUCCGAUCCUCCUCCACCAUCCAGCCGCCCGCGCAGCCCGCGCAGGGCACUCUCAAGCCCACCGAAUCCCGCAAGUCGAACGACGAGAAAUCCCAAGCCGACAGCGAGGCGAGCUACGAUGUGGUUGGCGCAGCCUCCGGGAAGACCAGCCGAGCGCCCAACAGCCCCAAGGACACGGCGGCCAAGAAGGCGGAUGAGAGCGACGAUGAUGAUUGGGAGUAGUUUUGGUACGUAUACCAUUGUCAAUGAUUCCUUCUCGUUAGGCGUUUGUGGUCUCGGUCCAGUCUGUUCGCUGGCAAAACAAUGUCAUUACAUAUGUCGUGAAUAGCUCCCUCUCUACCUCUUCUUGGUGACCGUUGUGAAACCAUCUUCGUCGACCUCGGGCACAGGCUUCUCCCUGGGCGGUUUCGGUGCAGCAGGCGCCUCGCUCAUCUCGACAUCUGCGUCAU